CCUUGGGCGGGAGCGUGAAGGCCGGGGCCGUGCUACGAGGCCCUGCCCGGGCAGCCGCAGGGACCCCGCGGUGAAUGGGGGGAGGGGCGGUUAUCCGCCGACGAGUGUCCCUGAGCUACCAGCCAGCCGCGUGCCGCCAGCAGGAAGAGGGCAAACAGCAGUUGCCUGGAGCCGCGCGCGCCACUCAAAGCCUUGCGCACGAGGACGUAAUGUGCGGGUACCUGCUGUGUGAGAUCGUCUCGGAAGACCCCCGCUGCCGGCAGUGCAUCGACGAGCGGGCGGUGAGCGCUGCGGCGAAGGAUGCCGUUGCCCGGACCCACGGGGACUACGGGCUGGCCUGCUGCUCCAUCUCCUUCACAGGUCUCCACCUUCCCCUGCUCCCGCCUCCGCGGGUGCCGACCCCCGGGCUAGGCCCACAGGCGGGGCCGGACACCAUUUCUCGGAGUACUGCGCGCACGCCAGAGACGGGUGGGGGGUUGCCCAUCAAUCACUGGGCGCAGGGCGCGGGGUGUUUGUUUGAGUGUUACAAGGGGUGAAUGAGUCUUGAAAAAUCAUCAACCAAUGUGUGUCAUUUCUGGACAGCCCCUAUGUGCUAAGCACGGUCCGAUCCGGAAUGGGCCUUUCGUCCCCAGUUCCCAAAGCACUGCCUGGGGCUUAAAAGAGAUUAAAGUGCACUCCCUGUGCUCGUGGCAGUUUUUCCAUUCUAGCAUUCCCUGACGAAAGUGCAGUGCGUUGUCGUAUCCAUCCUCCUGACUGGAGGCCAGUGGCUGCCACGUAAUGAGGUUUAGGAAAAAUCAGCAUAAACCCUUGCUAUGUCUAGUCUCCUACAGCCUUUCAUUCUGUGGCGACAUAGCCAGCAACUAUGUAGAAUUAGCUCUGGAAAACAUUUAAAGUUUUGCUUCAAUAUAAGCUACUUGGAACCUCAGGUUCUGUAAACCAGAAUUUCUGAAAUACGAUCUAAUGUUCAAGUGUGCAAUGAGAGAUCAAUUGUUCUAAUCAGUUGUUCUAUGU